UAACGGCAUCAAAUGGUAUCAUUUUGAUCCGACCAAGUGGACCAUCCGCCUGUGUGAAUGGCUGAGGAUGGCCUCGCAUCUCAUGCGCACACCCAACGAGGUGAUUGAAAGGAACGUGAAGAAUCUCCAAUACAAGGGGGUUCGCAGACAGAUGGAACUUCUCGAGAAGCGAUUAGGGGAGCUUGAGCUCCCCACAACUGUGGAAUAUACGUGGGAGGAUGUUGCAAAAUAUGUGCAGCAGGGCCAAAAACUGAUCGUGAUUGGGGACAACGUUAUUGAUCUGGAGAAGUCCGUUCCAACGGGCUCCGGCUACACGCACUCCAAUGAAAAAAUUGUUUGGUAUGAAGCACACCCGGGAGGGAAGAAGAUGUUGGAUAUUUAUGUGGGCAAGGACGCUACGGAGGCAUUCCAAGGAGGAAUAUACAAGCAUUCUUUGGGUGCCGAGAGCCUGAUUCCUCACCUGCGUGUCGCCAAAUUGAAGCGUAAUUGA